AAAGAUUCUGUUUCUGCUACCAAGGUCCAGAGAUUCCAAAAGCCCAGUUCCUUGACAGAAUCAAUUCUGGGGGUGGUUUUAGGACUGAGCUCCCUGCCCAUGGUCCCGGGGCGCACGCGAGGGAGCCCGUCGGGUUGGCGUCUGCCUUCACAUUUCAGGUGAUGGGCGUGUGGCUCCUUGAUUCCACUUGACCCCUUGAGUACCUUCAAUGACUGGCGUCAGGGUCACCCCUGCUGCUGUCCCUGGAGCAUGUCUGCCACACACAGUCAUGUCCCCUCUGCUCCGGCCAGGGACAACAGAGUCUCUUCAGCCCUGGAGCUGCCCCAGCGUUUGAAGCAGAGCCCGAGGGAGGGCCCGGGGAGCCGGGGGGAGGAGGCGCAGCACCUGCUGGGCAGCACGGCGGCAGUCCAGACCCUGGCCAAUGUCAUCCGGCCUUGCUACGGCCCGCAUGGCCGGCAGAAGCUGCUGGUGACCACCAAGGGGGAAACAGUGUGCACGGGGCAUGCCGCUGCCAUCCUCAGGGCCCUGGAGCUGGAGCACCCAGUGGCCUGGUUCCUCCGGGAGGCGGCCCAAACGCAGGCAGAGAACAGUGGGGACGGCACGUCCUUCGUGGUCCUCCUGACGGAAGCCCUGCUGGAGCAGGCAGAGCAGCUCCUGGGGGCCGGCCUGCCUCGCCCCCAGCUCCGGGAGGCCUACGCCGCAGCCAUGGCGGAGGUCCUGAGCACACUGCCCACGCUGGCCAUCCGCUCUCUAGGCCCCUUGGAAGAUCCGUCCUGGGCUCUCUAUUCUGUGAUGAACACCCACACCCUGUCGCACACGCACUACUUGACCAAGCUGGUGGCCCACGCGUGCUGGGCUGCCAGGGAGCUGGAUGGCAGCUUCAGGGCUGAGCAAGUCGGGGUGUGCACGCUGCAAGGCGGGACGCCGGAGGACUCCUGCCUCCUCCCGGGGCUGGUGAUGUCUGGGAAGCCCUGUGGGCAAAUGACCUUCGUGCUAAGUGGGGCCAGGGUGGCUCUCUUUGCUUGCCCCUUUGGUCCUGCCAAUUCAAACGCACUGGCAACUGCCCGUCUCUCUAGUUCUGCUGACCUGGCGAGAUUUAGGACCGGAAGCGAGCAGUUAACAGAAAAGCAAGUGGGCCAGCUGGCAGCCAUGAAUAUCAACGUGGCGGUGGUGUGGGGAGACAUCGAUGAGGACACCCUCACGCUGGCGGACCAGCACGGCAUCAUGGUGAUCCAGGCCCGGUCCCGGGCGCAGUUGGCCUACCUCAGCAGGGUGUUCGGCACACCCCUGCUGCUUCAUCUGAUCCCUCCCCAGAAUCCCGGGAGGUGCCACAGGGUUUACAGACAGGAGCUGGGAGGAGAUUCGGCCGUGGUGUUUGAGUGGGAAGGCACAGGCACCCCUGCCCUCACGCUGGUCCUCAGGGGAGCCACCUCGCAGGGGCUGCGGGGCGCGGAGCAGGCUGUCUACCACGGCAUCGAUGCCUACUUCCAGCUGUGCCAGGAUCCCAGGCUGAUUCCAGGCGCCGGGGCCACAGAGAUGGCUCUGGCGAAAAUGCUGUUGGACAAAGGAAGCAAACUGGAAGGGCUGAAAGGCCCUGUGUUCCUAGCGUUUGCCCGGGCCCUGAGGGUGCUUCCUACAACCUUGGCGGAGAAUGCAGGCUUGGUGGCCUCGGAGGUGAUGGCAGAGAUGACUGGAGCCCACCAAGUUGGGAACUUCCUCAUUGGAGUGGGAGCCGAAGGGAUAAUAAACGCGUCCCGGGAAGGGGUGUGGGACACCCUCACGGCCAAAGCCCAAGCACUCCGAGCAGUAGCUGAGGUCGUGCUGCAGCUCCUGACUGUAGAUGACAUUGUAAUGGCCAAGAAAAGUCCCACACUUAUGCAGGGCUGGCCUCCUGACUUUAAGACGACAAACAAACACCCAUCUCCUAUGAAGAAAGAAAAUAUAAAAAUCCUUGGAACAAAAAAGCAACAACAUUUUCAAUAAAACGGGAGCUGCCAAGGAGGGCAGAAUCACCCCGAAAAUGGA